AUGCCCCGCGAUGCACUCGUGGAAGUGUCCACCCGCGAAGACUGCACAGUGAACAUGGCGGUGCGCACGACGACCAAAGGCGCUGCGGAGUCCAUGGAAGAGACCAGCACCGACGACACCCAGCAUCUCGCCCUCCCGUGCCACUCGCUCCCUUCCCUCGUAUACUAUGUGAGCCAACCCAUCCUCCAAAGCAAUCGCGAUGCUGCGCCCGUGGCGGCCACAUCCCAUCGACACCACGCGGACUCUGUCACCAAUGACAGCGACGACGGCGGUGGCGGCGAUGGGAACGACGACAUGGGGGCCGUCAAGUCGUAG